AUGAAAUUAAAAUUUUUGCGAAAUAAGGGUGUGUCUGAACAUUGCAUACACUGGCAUUGUAUUUGUGUUAUGCUCUUAGUUUUUACUUUACUCGAGUUUUACUACGAGUAGUUAGUGGAACAAAUCUAUUAUAUGUGAUUGUUUAACAAAUAUAAAUAUUUAGAAUAACUUUGAGUAAAAUGCAACCCUGUCGCGAAAUUUUUUUGACAACUUCUGCGUUUUCAUAUCAUAAACUUUAUCAACUUCAGUAAAAAACAGUUUGGCGUCACAAAACACAACGAAAGAAGGGCUAAAGGAAUUUGAAAGGAAAACGCUAUUUUUGUAAGUUGAUAAACCACUUCCAAGAAAAAUGAGGAAGUUGACUGUUAAAUUGGAUAGGAUGUCUUACGUCAACGAACAAUUGGAUCAAAUUCAGGAUAUUAUAACUGAUUUACGGAUCCGUAAAUGCGCAGUUCGUCUCAAGAAAAUUAAUAGUGAGUACUUGCUGAAUCUGUCAUUGUCGAAACACAGCGGUUACAAGAUUAAACGUUUGCGCGUUAGAGUACCAAAAAUCUAUAUUAAUAGUAUAUCGCCAGCAUUAUCAACAAUAAGCAAUAUAAGCUCAGUCAGCGAGGAUACGGCACCAGCCAACAUAUAGGAACAGCCACACCAUAUAUGGAAUUUUACAUUAAAAUUUAAGUCAUUUUUACUGCCCUGAAAAAAAAUGUACAAAAUUGGUGGUGUGAAGCUUUAUUAAAUAAAAAUGAGGUUAAAAAUAUCCUUUUGUUAAUUGCACUAUUUGUACUGUUUAGUAAUGGAAAAACAUAAGCAAAAUAAGUGCAUAAAUAUCACUUUUACAUUUAAAAAUAUAAACUAAUGUCCUUAAUAGCGAUAUAAGCAAAUUUGUGUAACAUACGUAAUUCUGUAAUAAACUUUAGUGCCAUCAGUGGCCAUUUAACAUAAAA